ACAUGACGUUGGUACAAUCUUUCAAAAAUACAUAAUUCUGUAUUGAACCUAUAAAUUCACACACACUUCACCAAUGACCAACUAAGUGAUGAGAAACAAAGACAAAAGAGAUCGAGAUCUUCUAGUGCAGAAAACGGUUCUCCCCUUCAUUUAGGAAUUGCACCAAUAUAUGUAGAGAUGUCAAAGGAAGCACUGUCCGGGGUUGAAUGGAGGAUAAACGUACCGGAUGGGACAUCGUCCAAGAUAUUGGUGAGGGAAUCCGGUCUGGUGAGUAAGAUAAAAGGUCUGCUAGGAGGGCUAAUCUUCACAGUUUGGAGGUUUCUGGUGAAGGCUUGGAGUUUAGGAAAGGCAGAGCCUGAAAAGGUUGUCCAUGGUCUGAAAUUAGGGCUGACAAUUUCUAUUGUUUCGCUCCUAGUCACCGGCACUUUCGUUGCCGGGGCACUCGGCCUAGGUAUUCACUGGCUUGCUGAUCAUGCAGGACAAAAGGCGAAGCCUGUGAUUCUCGCAAUCUCAGUUUUUCUAUUCGGAUGCGUAGCUGAGUACUUCAAAGAAAAUGGGAAGAUUAAGGAGGAUGAUGAGGAUCAUAGCAAGAAAAUCCAAGGCUAUAAAUGUGUGCUUAAUUCUAAGGCAUCAGAAGAAUCUCUGGUAGAGCCAAUUUUGUGGGAUGGGAACCUGCACAUGGCAGCUUCUGUUUCGGAUAUCCAUGGUAACAAUACCUCAAGAGUCAAGAUCGGUGCUUCAGUGCGAAACUGUGCUUACUGCAUUGAGACUCUAAAUGCUUGUUUAAGCUCUGAAAUUCAGGCGCCUACAUGCAUAAAAAGCCACCUCAGUGAUGUGUCCAUGAGACUUUGCUCUUAUUCUGCCCAUGUGUUAACCGAGUUGGCUACAAUGAUCAAAACAAUGACAAAGUCCUCAACCUUAGACGUCUUAGUUGCAGUACAAGAACUCCAAGACGCCUUGAAGUCCCAUACAAACCCCUAUAUGGCACCUGAGUUGUUAACUGCAGAAGGGCCUGGUGAUGCUAGCGGAGAACCGAUCACAAAAUCUGGCACACCACUUCUCCUGGAGAUUAUUCCACUGGUCACCACGGUGUCUUUGCUGAUAGAAAUUGCAUUGAGAAUAGGUGGUGUUGUGGAUGCGGUGGAAGAACUAACAUGCCUUACGGCAUUCAAAGCCUGCAGCAGAUCGCAUGGAAAAACCAAAGAAAACCAAACCAUACUGCAAUGAAUCCAACACAUCCCCUCACACACCGUGUACCGUAUAAAGCUUUGAUUUUAAU